GGUGGUGCUGCUUGGCAAAUAGAAAUAUGUCUUUCUUUUCUUGUUUUUAAUUCGUACAUCCGAGAUCUAAACAUUUAGACGAUGUUGGAUGUAGCCCAAAGAUUUUCUCUAGUUUUCUCUUACGUGCGUUCACGAUGAGCAUGUCGAAGCAGCAAGGUGUCUCAAAUGCAAUGUUUCUAGUUCUGCAGAUGCUUCUAGUGUGUAUCACUCUGCAUCAGCUCACUGGAAUGUUUCUAGCUGGUCCUGUUUUGUGCCUGUCCAUUUAUCUGCCUGCAGUCGUGUUUUUUUUUCUUCUUUUUUUCGUGCACAUUAUGAUAUACAUUAUAUAUAAACCGUUUUCUACUGGUCUUUCCUGCCUAAAUAUGAUAUCUGACCCUAGGGGAUUCAUUUCAUGUUUGACCUCCAGCCCCCCACCCUGUUGGAAUGUUAGCCCAUGAAACCCCAGGGAAACUGUGGAUGACUCACCUUGUGUCACAUCGAGGCACCACUUCCCUGUUACGGGAACUAGCAAUGGUUUCCUCACAUAGGAACUCAUUAUCAGCAAAGAAAGCACACACCUCUUGCCAAACAGAGGUCCACAGAGCUCCAGCAUGUCUAAGCGGCGCUCUGCGGAGAAGGGGCCUGGAGAGACCUCAGGAAGGGCCAGCAAGCUCCUGUGUCCUGGGAUAUCUGGCAGCAACGCCAAGAGAGCUGGGCCGUUUGUCCUCGGGCCUCGUCUGGGAAACUCACCCGUGCCCAGCAUAGUUCAAUGUCUGGCCAGGAAAGACAGCACAGAUGACUUCUACCAGCUAAAGAUCCUAACGCUGGAGGAGAGGGCUGGGGACGCGGCAGGGGAGACCCAGGAGGAGAGGCAGGGAAAGAUGCUGCUGCACACAGAGUACUCUCUUCUCUCCCUGCUCCACAACCAGGAUGGGGUAGUGCACCAUCACGGCCUGUUCCAGGACCGGGCGUAUGAGAUCGUGGAAGAUCUGGAGUCUAACAAGGUGCGAAAGAUGAAGAAGCGGAUCUGCCUGGUGCUGGAUUGCCUGUGCGCCCACGACUUCAGCGACAAAACAGCCGACCUCAUCAACCUGCAGCAUUAUGUCAUCAAAGAAAAGAGACUGAGUGAGCGCGAAGCCAUCGUCAUCUUCUAUGACGUGGUCCGAGUGGUGGAGGCCCUGCACAAGAAAAACAUUGUGCACAGAGAUCUGAAGCUGGGCAACAUGGUGCUGAAUAAACGGACUCACCGCAUUACCAUCACCAACUUCUGCCUGGGAAAACACCUGGUGAGUGAGGAGGACCUCCUGAAGGACCAGAGAGGAAGUCCUGCCUACAUCAGCCCAGACGUACUGAGCGGUCGGCCAUACCGCGGUAAACCCAGUGACAUGUGGGCUCUGGGAGUCGUGCUGUUCACCAUGCUGUACGGCCAGUUCCCCUUCUAUGACAGCAUACCUCAGGAGCUCUUCCGCAAAAUCAAGGCUGCCGAGUACUCAGUCCCAGAGGACGGCCGUGUAUCUGAGAGCACGGUGUGUUUGAUUCGUAAGCUGUUGGUGCUGGAUCCCCAGCAGAGGCUCACUGCAGGGGAGGUGCUAGAGUCCCUCAGCAGCAUCAUUGCCUCCUGGCAGUCUGUGUCGUCUUUGAGCGGUCCUCUCCAAGUGGUACCAGAUAUUGAUGAUCAGGUCAACCACCCAGAGCAUCUCCAGGAGGUGAAGGUCACCGAGGAGUCCUCCCAGUAUGAGUUUGAAAACUACAUGCGUCAGCAGCUGAUGCUGGCGGAGGAGAAAAACACUAUUCACGAGGCCAAGAGCUUCCUAAGUAAGCGGCAGUUUGGCGGCGGCAUCCCCCCCGUACGCCGCCUGGGUCACGACGCCCAGCCCGUCAGCCCCUUGGAUGCUGCCCUCCUGGCACAGCGUUUUCUCCGAAAGUAGACACCCCAGCCCACCCUUUGGUCCCCCCCCCCUUGGAGUGGAGGAUUCCAUGGGAGCAGACCGGAGGAGGACAUCCACAAAGCUAACUUGCAGUUCUUGUUGCUCUCAUCUACGGUUCGAGGGCGCACAGUCUUACAUGGGUCUCCACAAAACACCCAUCAAAGAGGCAUGGAUGAACAGUGAACCAUUAACCGUGAACCUGUUCUACUGAGACUUCGGCAUACACCCCCACCUGACUACACUCCAAUCCCCAACCAUUCUGGUCCACCCAAGCAAUACAGGGCCCGCCCUCAUGUAGCAGCCUUCCUCCUCCACGGUCCACCUGGUAACAUUGACUCUACUCCGAGAUCGCCUGAUUGUGGACACUCCUCCACGGGUCUGCCCUGUUCACCCUCUUCAGUCUCCUUGUAACCAAAAUGAUCACGAAUGAUCCCGUCUGUAACUACAUCUUCAAGUCUACCUCUCUCCAUCUCUUUUUUUUUUUUUUUUUUUACCAAGGUCCAUGUUUUUAGAGGACAACGAGAUGAGUUACCGGGGUAGUGUGAUGCCAUUGUAGACAAAAAGCACUACUAUGCAUCAGUGGGUUGGCCUCAUCGCAUGAAUAAGCUUGUUCCCUUCUAUUAAUGAAUAAUAAGUAGCAUUUUAUGCUUUUUAUCCAUGUUGAAUAUGCUAGCAAAAGUUUGUCUACCAGCAACCUUUGAUAUUUUUACCUUGCAUUUCUUUUUGCUUUGCUUUCCCUAAAGAAAUACUCUCUAGCAUUUAGGCAGCUAGUGUGAGACCAUCACAAAAGUCAUGAUAUACAUUAUUUUACUUUCAAAAAACAGUCCUUAGCCAUUUGGCCAAAAAACAAGCAAAAAAACAAGCAUUACAAAAUUCUUCCCUUCAGGCAGAAUCAAAGGACUUCUAGGUAUUACACCUCCUCAUUACUCCUCAGAUCAGUGUGGGACAAGUGUAUUUGAUAGAUUUCUAUUCUGUAGAUGCAUGCUGAGCCUUGCCAGGUCACACAUUUAAGCUAUCCUACAGUCUUGUUAUUUAGCUUGCCUCGCUGGUAGACACUGUGAAAACAAGGGCAGGCAUCUAUAAGAGAAAGAGAUGGACUGAACCAAAUGUCAUUGCUAUGUGAGAUGGUCAUCCCUUAUGUUCACAGGUCAUUGGAAUCCUUGUGAGCAUCAGUCUCCAAUUACAUUUAGCUUUACUUACAAUUCUAUCCAAUGUAUUAUUUUACCAUUAUAGGAGAGUUGUAUGAUGAUGAUUGGUGGUAACUGAAAAAGUAUGUCAUAUUUAUUCAGGAAAGCAUAAUGUAGUCUGAAUGGGUAGUUGGUUAGGUCUUGGGUAUAAGUGCAUUUACAUCUAUACCAAAAUAAUUCCUCACCUAAAAACCAGUGACAUUAUGAACCACCUAUACACUAAAGCUUGCCCUUGCUUAUGGCAAUCUGCAAUACUCAUGCUUAUAUCUCCAUCUAGUAAUAUCAAAUCAGAUUACGUCAUUAGAGGAUUUGAACCAUUUCUGUCUCUUGUUGUAAAUUGUAUUUUUCUUCUCAAUUUCAUAUCUUGAUUAUUUAUUCACUUGUUUAGACAUUUACUUUUCAGACAUCUGUAUCUGUGCUAUCAUAGCUUUAACAAGAAGUGUUGAGUUUCAAUAGUUUACUUUGCAUCUUCAGCCAUCACUGUUUCUUCCCUUUCAGAAGUCUUGAUGUCUGUAUUGUUUCCUGUUUUGCCAUUUCCACAAGCUUGUGGUUGAUUAAGCUACACUAAUAAGGAUACUGACUCUGCAUAGUUCUAUUUUUUACAAAAGACAAGCGUAGCAUAUUAUGAUUUAAAGUCUGCAUUAUAACACUGACCCAUAACAGCUUCCUCUCUAGUCAGUAUGUAAAUAAGCACCAUCAUGACUGCUCUGGGCAUACAAUAGUGCCCAAACCAGUGUGCUGCCACCUGGUGGUCAUCCUAAUACCUAGUGGUCAACACAGAGUAAAGAGACAUGUGUAAGAAAGUUGAUAGCCACUGCGUUUGGAAGAAAAUCGUAGAGAAAUUGUUAGCUUGUUCCCACGGCAAUGUGAAUUUUGGGUAAUAAAGCGGUAUUGUAGUUGGUAGUGUAAGCUGUUCAUCUGAAAAGGUUUUUGUGAAAACUAUGGUCUUCACUGAUGUCAUAGUAAGUUGUGAUCCGUGGCAAAUGUCUGACGCUUUGAGGCAGAGUACUGUAUAGCUACACCAUUGAAUAAAGGCUUGUAGGUUGAUAUUAGAUAUCCCUUGACGUAUUAAUGUAUUAUCUCUCCCAUCAUAAGUGUUCAUGUUAGCAGUUGGAUUUGUCGGUUUGAUGUUUAGGAAGAGUUAACUCCUGCAUAGGUGGACUGCAGUGCAUGAUGUCAAGCACUUUUUAAAUCAUUUUGCAUGACUCUUAACUUGCAAGGAGUGUCACAAUUCUCCUGAGACAAACAUUAGACUGAAGAAUAGUUUAUUUGUGUCUAAAUGGAAAUCCUACAGCAAGAAAGCCCUUUUUUUUUUCUUUUUUUUUUAUAACAGGAUGAGAUGUUCAAUGCAAACUUUCUCCUUCUAAAACUUAUUUUUCACCAUCAUUCUAAAAUGGGGAAAUGGUAUCUUCACUGUAAUCAUGUAUUGGAUUUGCUCAAUAUUUCAACUGGAAAAUGGCUAAUGGUGUAUGACAAGAUAUAGUGGUGUAAUUUUUGAAAGCCAGCGGGAUAAAUGUGUUGCUGCUUGGUUGGAUAUGGGCAUCUAAAUACAAAACUAGGUAAUUGUACAGAAAUUAAAACACGUUUGUAUAAAAGACAUAUUUUUGUACUUCAUCAGAUCUCUACAUGCAUGUCAGCAAUAAACUUUGAUAUGG